AUGGGUAAAUAUAGGAAAAGAUUCAACGAGAAAGCCCGUUCUGGGAUGCUUGCUAAACAGGCUGCGCUCAAAAGUGCUAGAAACAAACAAUUUACUAGACAUGAAGCAGAUGGAACCGAUGAGAUAGUUGAAAAUGAAAAUCAUGAUAACAACGAAGAUCCAAAUUCCGAAAUACUCAAGCCUUUAACAGAACAAGAGAAGAAAGAAAGAAAAAGGAAGUUGGAAGAGGUGAUAUAUUCGGCAAACCAAAAGGAGUCGAAGAUGUCUAGGACAAAGAAAAAGAGGUUAGAUAAGUACAUCGAGCAUCAAUUAAAGAGAGACGAGAAAAAGGUAUUGUUAGAGAAGUUAUCGGAAACGAAGAUGGAUUCUAAGCUUUUGGUUCCUUCGAAGCUAUUAGGUACUGGUAAACAAACAAGAAAAGAAGAAAUGAUCGAAGCAUUGGAACUUGAAAGACAAGGCCGCGGAGACGAGAGAACUAAAGAAAUCUUGUACGAAGAAAGAGAGGUGAAGGAAUGGCCACAGGGUCAAGAGAUACAGACAAAGCCUUCUUAUGAAAGUGAAUCAGAAAAUAGUGCCGGUCUGGAGGAUGGUGAUGAUUUAGACAAAUACGGUGAUAAUGCAGGAAAUACAUCUUCUUUUAUUGAUAAUAGGCCUCUGAAGUUUGGGGGAAGUGGGUUUGGUUUUGGCUUCGAAAACGUACCCAAAGUUGAUAAACCUAAAGCCGUUAACAAGAAGAAAUAUAGCUGGAGAUUAAGAGUGGAGCAAGAAGACAAGAAGAAGAACAGAAUAGAAGACGAUAUGGAUUUCGCCAGCUCGGGUUCAGAAGAUGAAGAUAGUGAAAUCGAUAGUAAAUUGAGUACUCAAAGUGAAAAUGAUGAAGGUGACAGUGAAGAAGAUAGUGAUAAAGAAACGGAGAUUGCAAAUACCAAAAAAUCGGAAAAGUCCCAAAAAGACGAUGUUGAAGAAGAAUCUGACAGCGAUGAAGAGGAAGAUGAUGAUGAUGAUGACGAGGAUGAUCAGGAGGAUGAUGAAGAAGAAAGCGAUGAUGAUGAAGAAAGCGAAGAGGAAUUACCAAGACUUUUGCUGGCUAAACCAAAGCAUUCUUCCACUGCAGAAUCAUUUAAAGAAUGGGCAGAAGCACAAGUACGUAAACUCGAAGGCAGGGAAACUGAAGCAGUAAUGCCUACUUUACCAGACCACUUAAAAGCGAAAUAUUCAAAACCUUAUGUUCAUGAAGAAGAUCAUGACCAUUCCUCGGACGAAGAAAAUUACGUUCCAGUUAAUAAGGAACUUAAGAGAGAAGCAUUUUAUGUUGACGUUGACCGUUCCCCCGAAAUUCAAGAACAGAGGAUGAAUCUACCAGUAUUUAGUGAGGAACAUAAGAUAAUGGAAGCAAUUUAUCACCACGAUUGUGUUAUAAUUUGUGGGGAAACUGGUUCAGGUAAGACAACCCAAGUACCUCAAUUCUUAUAUGAAGCUGGAUUUGGUGACAUUAAAUCUGAUACACAUCCAGGAAUGAUCGGCGUUACACAACCAAGAAGAGUGGCAGCAGUUUCCAUGGCAGAUCGUGUUGGCAAAGAAUUAGGUGGAAAGCAUGGAAAGAGAGUAGGCCAUCAAGUUCGUUUUGAUACCACCAUUAAAAAUGAGGGGACAGAAAAUGGAACAGCUUUAAAAUUUAUGACAGAUGGUGUCUUGUUAAGAGAGAUGAUGGCGGAUUUAUUGUUAAAUAAAUACUCUGCAAUAAUUAUCGAUGAAGCCCAUGAAAGGAAUAUAAAUACAGAUAUCUUAAUUGGUAUGCUCAGUAGAAUCUUAAAGUUAAGAAGGAAGUACCAUGAAAGUGAUCCAAAGAGAUACAAGCCAUUGAAAUUAAUAAUUAUGUCUGCUACAUUGAGAGUAUCAGACUUUUCAGAGAAUAAGUUAUUGUUUAGAACUCCUCCUACCAUUUUGAAAAUUUCUGCGAGACAGCAUCCAGUGAGUAUUCACUUCAAUCGUCGGACAAAUUUUGACUACUUGGGUGAAUCAUUCAAGAAGGUCUGCAAAAUCCAUAGAAAGUUACCUCCAGGUGGUAUUUUAGUAUUUUUAACUGGUCAAAAUGAGAUCACGUCGGUUGUGAAAAAGUUACGUAAAGAGUUUCCAUUUCCAGAAAAGGCCAAAAGACAAGGUAAAAUUCAUUAUGCAGAUGAAAAUGCACCAAAAGUCAAAAUAAGUAAAAAUACGGAUGCUGAAGCAGAGGACAUUGACUUCAGUGUUCAUAUUAAUAAGGAUACUUUAGAAGAAAAUGAUGAUUAUCAGUCAGAUUCGGAAGAAGAAGAAGGUUUUGAAGAAUUUUUGGAGGCACAUCAGACUGAUAAAGAUCCCUUGUAUGUUUUACCCUUGUAUUCCUUGUUACCUACGAAAGAACAAAUGAAAGUGUUUCAAAAUCCUCCAGAAGGAAGCCGAUUAUGUAUCAUUGCAACCAAUGUGGCUGAAACUUCUUUGACUAUACCAGGAAUUCGUUAUGUGGUAGAUUCUGGUCGUUCGAAAGAACGACAUUUUAAUGAGGAAACUGGGGUCCAGUCGUUUGAAAUCGAUUGGGUUUCGAAAGCUUCUGCGGAUCAAAGAGCAGGUAGAGCAGGUAGAACAGGACCUGGUCAUUGUUAUCGUUUAUUCUCGUCUGCAAUCUAUGAAAGCUACUUUCCACAAUUUAGUAAACCAGAAAUAUUAAGAAUGCCGGUAGAGAGCAUUGUGUUGUCAAUGAAAAGUAUGGGCAUAGACCAAAUUGUGAAUUUUCCAUUCCCAACUCCACCUGACAGACUUGCGCUUAGUAAAGCAGAGAGAUUGUUAACAAUUUUGGGGGCACUAGAUAAAGAUAAUAAUGUGACUGACUUGGGAAGAACUAUGGCAGUAUUCCCAUUGAGUCCUCGGUUUGCAAAGAUUUUGAUUGUUGGUAAUCAAAUGGGUUGUUUACCAUACAUUGUUGCAAUUGUAUCUGCAUUAUCUGUUGGCGACCCUUUCAUUAACGAACAUGAAUUGGGUAUCAACCAAGUUAAUCGUAAGAAAUCAGAAGAUAACGAAGAUGAUAGUUCUAGUGAAGAGGAAGAUUUCGUUGAUGAAGAGGCGAAGAAAAAUUUGAGAUCUAAAUUCUAUAAAUCAAGAGCAUUAUUUUCGAAGUUAGAUAAAUCAAGUGAUGGAUUACAAUUAUUAGCAGCUGUAUGUGCAUUUGACCACGUCCCAAAAGAAAAACAUGGUGAAUUUUUAAGGAAUAACUUUUUGAGACCAAAAGUAAUGGAAGAAAUCUCGAAGUUGAGAAAACAAGUAACCAAUAUUGUAAAGAUCAACACAAGCAAAGAUUCUAUUGCCGUAAAUUUAGAUGAAGAAAAGAAAUUGAAGUUGAAAGUACCUGAUAAGAAGCAAAUCGCUGCUAUAAAGCAGAUGGUUUCCUCAGGAUUUAUUGACCAAGUUGCAAUCAGAGGUGAUUUAAUAUCGUCCGAUAUUGACCUUCCUAACAAAACUAACGUUAUAAAUAUCCCUUAUGCGACUUUAUUCCCAAGUUCUCAAUUUGGAGAUCAGGUAUCCCCCUAUGUCUACAUUCAUCCUAAUUCAAUCAUUACGAACUCUGGUAGCAUCCCCACGCCUUAUUUGAUCUACCAAUCUUUGAACCUAGGAAGUAACCAGCAAGAAGGAAAAUUAUCCAAGUUAAGAAUGAAGCCGUUAGUUGAUAUUUCUGGGAAACAGUUAGCAAAUAUUGCUAAAAACUCCCUGUUGAUUACGUAUUCUAAGCCAUUGGGCCAUCCUUACGCACCCAAAAACAUUACUCCAACCAAAAGAGAGUGCUAUGUUGUUCCAAGAAUUGGUGCGGCCAUUGGCGAUGGUGGUGUUGGUUGGGAUUUACCUGCAACAAAGGUUCUUCAGGUUAAAUCUAAUGGACUGUGGGUCAUUAAGAAUUAA